UUAACCCUUAUCAUGCUGUUCGCGUAUAUUGACGCGAAGGUAUUCCCUUCCUUUCAGUGCUGUUCGCGUAUAUUGACGUUUUACCUAGUGACCUUAGAUCGAGAACGAGGUCGGGGAUUUCCGAUGACGUGGUAGAAAAUGCGUACAAUCAUUGGAUAAUAGUGUUGUCAGUGCUUGUAAAAAUACCAAUACGUCAUAAAAAUACUAAAUUUAGAAUGACAUUCUACCAAAAAUAAAAACAGUACCUCUCGGCCUAAACGAGAACUUAUCAAAAUGGCGUCCGGUAAUGACAGCGACCUGGACAAUAAUUUUUAUGCGCGUUGGGACCCAUAUUCAUCCGGGGAAAGCGACUUUGAGGGCUUCGAUAUCGAUGACAUACCCCCCGAUGUACCUUCUAGACCAUCGUUUAGGAUCGAUCAGAGCAUAAAUGACCGAGAAAAUGCUCAGGAUAUCCAGUUCGGAUGGAGUCGAGAAGAUUCUCCACCCACUAUUGCUCCUUUUACAGGCACACCAGGAUUGACAGUGGAGCUACCAGAUGAUUGUACGGAGCUCGACUUCUGUGCUUUAUUGUUCGAUGAUGAUAUGUGGGACAUUUUAGUCACAGAGACAAAUCGAUAUGCACAGAAUCGGAUAAAUACCAGUAGUCUAAGACCUUUUUCUAGGCUGAGAAAUUGGACUGGCAUUUAAGUGGAUGAAAUGAAAAUUUUUAUCGCCCUGACAUUGGCCAUGGGUUUAGUUAGAAAACCUGAUAUAGUUGAUUUCUUUACAAAAUGACGAAAGCUAUGAAACUCCAUUUUUUGGCUAAAUGAUGUCUAGAGAUAGAUUUAUGAUCAUUGUUAGUAGACCGUGAAUGCUGAAAACCAGAAUAAUGACAGGUUAUACAAAAUUAGACCAUUUGCAAACAUGCUCCGCAAC